UCGGCCUCCCAAAGUGCUAGGAUUACAGGCGUGAGCCACCAUGCCCAGCCCCACCUACCAGUUUUUGUCCCCCAUGAACCCAUAUGAGUGUUGAGAGGCAGUCUGUCUCUAUCCUUGGGUUUUUGGAUCCCAGCACUCAGUCUUGUUUUAGUACUCGUUUUCUUGGACCAUCCUCUAUAGUCCAGCUUGGGAAAGUCAGAACAGGCACAUGUGGGGGACCACCUAAACAGAGGGUUCAUCCACCCGGGCUGCAGAGCCCCAGGCUGCUGUGUCUGCACCACUGCCAGGUGCUGAAGUGUGGAGAGGAUGGGCUCAGGCCUGCCCGUGAACCCUGUCUGAUGGGUCAGGAGGGGGCUUUCCCCAGGAUCUCAGGGAGUACCGUCUUCAACUUGGACCAGAAUGGAAUCACUGUUUAUUUUGACUGGUCAGUAUCAGGGUUCAGAUUGUCCUUGGGUUGGGCGUCAGGAUCAGGGAGAAAAGAUCUGGGCUCUGGGAUUAGCCUGGGUAGAGGAGGAGCAGGCCCUCCAGCAGGCAGCCCUGCACCAAGUGUGGGAUUGCUCAGCAUCCCUGGUUUUGCAGAGACACCUGCGCCCCCCAGCCGAAGGGCACGACCACAGCAUUGGAGUCUCAGUCCUGUUUUAGGGCCACGGGCCCCUGGGCUGCCACCACUGGAGCUAGUUAGCUGAAUCCCAAACAGAAGCGUUUACAGCUAACUCAUCCCUGUGCCGACUCCCAUUCUCAGGAGUCCAGGACGGUAUGUCUUCCCACUGGCCCAGGCCACUCUGGCUCUGUCAACAAAGGCCUUCUCCAUCAAGCAGAAGAGAACUUGCUUGGCUGUCUUCUGAUAAAGCCAUCCAUGUUAGGUAUUGAGUAGCUGGUCAAGCAGGAUCCUUCCGGGGCCUGAUGAGAACCCUCUCUUUUCCAGGGCUCAUCUACAGCCUAUUGGGAUACCAGUAUAUCCCAGCAUAUUUAGAGGGUGACGUGUGGUCCCUGGACUUGUGUCCCUGUACCUGUUUUAUCUUUUUGGCCCAUCUCCAUCUGUACUUGGGAUUUGGCCCUGGUUUCCCCCUUGCCCUUGGCCAUUGCUCUCCUCCCCCAGAGUGUGAGUGGCCUGCUCUGGGGUGGGGCACUUCCCCUGGGCUCUAACAGGCCCCAAGAGAAAUCUGUCCCCAAUUUGUUUGGUAUACUCACCUAAGGAACAUCAAGUGUAACGGCCUUAUUUCAUUGCCUGUUUUUAUGAGAAGCACAGUCAUUCCUAAAGUGGCAAGUAGGGGGGUCACUUACCUGUGGGCUAUGCCCUUUGGGUCUGGUCAUUCCUCUGUCCUCUCCUGGCUGUCCUGGGAACUGUCGAACAAAGCUCUAGGAGCAGUCCCUCUCUAUUCUUCCUGACAAGCUGUUUCCAGCCCCUGGAGCUAGAGGUAAAGUUUCACAUCUCCGCCCUUCAUAGGCAUUUGUGCAGCCAACAUCAGCUAUUGGGAAAUCUGUCAUUUCGCUCUGACGCUAGUGCUGCUGUCUCCUUCUCCCUCAGCAGCCACAGCAGCAGUUGCUUCUGCUCCGAUGUGAUGUCCGAUCCCUGAUGUAUUUUCCUGAGCUUGGAAGGGGGAGGGUGAGGAGGGGAGGAAGGGGAGGGCCAGACAUUACGAGAGUGAGCAAGGACUGUGGAGCCAGCAGCAGGCAGCGUGGAGCCCAGGAGCCUUUAGACAAAGCAUUCUGCUGCGGCUCUGUCAGCGCGCACAUCCACCGGCAGCAGGCAGGACCACAGCUGCCCGGCUGGGGGAUUACAAGCAAGAAUGAAUCAGCACCCGGGGACACUUGACUUCAUGGGCAUCCAAGAACCUGCCACGUAGGCUCCUGGAGCAGACUUCCCCAUUCAAGGGCAGGGGAGCUCAAGUAUCCCCCAGACUCGGCAUCUUGGAGCGCUGCGGCAGCGUGCAUCCAGAAGGCCACCGGGUCCCUGACCACCAUCUGUUCUGCACGAGACAGAGGAGAGGGAGUGGAGGCUGGCAGAGUUGGUCACCAGGGUCUUGUAGAUAACCAAGGAAGUUGGCAUUGUCCUGCCCCAAGGGGCAGAAAGUACCUGGGAACGGCAGAAUGACUUUCACCAUGUCAGGAGUUCACUGGAGGUGAUGUGUUUAUAGUUGGUUCUUCCUUUUCCUUCCUUGUACCUCUUUUUCCUCCUUUUCUCUUUUUUCCUUCUUUCAUCUCUUCUUGCCCACAAGAAUCAGAGAAGUAGGUUGGGGUUCAGGCAUCCAGCUCAGAACAUCCAGGGUCUGCCAGAAAGGGCUGAACUUUUGUCCUCCCUGCACCACCACAAUCCCCAUCCUGACCGAGGAGCAAAUAGAUGUCCUCCCUUCCCUGCUCAUCCUUAGAGGAGAACGCCAAGAUCCGGAGACCCUGGGACGACUGUGGCUGUCUUUAUCACUCAGCCAAAGAGAGAACAGCGCAGGACGUGAAUAGACUUAAGCUGCCACAGCUCAGCUGACAGAGGACCACUUCCUUUUCUCUCUUUUAUCUGGUUGGGUUUUGUCUUCUUUACCCAAGAACUGAAUUUGCCUGCCUGCUUUCUACCUGAGCAGGCAGGUGAGUCACUGGAACAGCUAUUAUCAGAAGAGGAAAAUGAAUGCCCAGCCCCUGAAAACCAGCCCGGCCCAAGAAGGCAGCACUUCAGACGGCGUGCUGGCCCAGGAGACGCCCUGUUCACCAGCUGCCAGAGUCUAGCUGUGGACUGGGCUCCUGGCCCACUGGCCGCGCAGCCUGGCGGAAUGCGAUGCUGCCGUCCCAGCAGAGCCACACCUGAGCCCGACCCCCGAGCCCCGGCCCAUGUGCCCCACUCAGCCCCUUGCUGCCUUGAGCCUUUGAGCACAAAGGGCCGGUGGCCAUGGUUUGCUUAUUCCGGGACUGCUGGGGGAAAACAAGUAAAAGUCUCUUUUCUGCCCCUGCCGUGUUCUGUGCUGCUUGUGUUGCAUGUGCUGGGUCCCGGUGAACAGCCGCCGCUGCUGCUUCCCUCCCGGAGCCCUCGCUGUGUGCCUGUGUCCCUCAGCUGCAUGAAGAUGCGUGCUCUCUCCUGACUGGUUUAUGCUGCAAGGUCGCAGAACUUGCCCCUCGCCACAGCCCCACAGGGGCUCCAGAAGUUGCAUGGAUGAGAGGAGCAGCAGGGCUUGUGGGCACUUAGGAGCUCCCUCAGCCCCCUCUAGUGCCUGUGGGGACAGACUUUCUGAAAUAUCUCAGCGCGCACGCUGAUGAGGAGUUGACCUGGAGACUGUUGGGGGUUGGCUUCCCCCACCCCCGACCUGUGGGCAGAGAUCAUGCAUGUGCAGCCGUGGCCCUGGAGCAGCUCAGACCUGGGGGUGUGAGUGGGCAGCAGCCGCCCGAGGUUGGGCAGUGUGUGGACAGCACCAGGUGGUCCUGUCCUUGGCUGUACACAGAAGAGGAGCUGCGUGUCCACUGCUCUCUGGUCUCUUGUAUAUAGUUUGGCUGUUUCAUGGUUCGCGGACGCUGGAGCAGAGUGUCGGAGAGUGGCUGGAGUCGAUUGGGCUGCAGCAGUAUGAGAGCAAGUUGCUUCUGAAUGGCUUUGACGAUGUCCGCUUCCUGGGGUCUAAUGUGAUGGAAGAGCAGGACCUGCGGGACAUCGGCAUCAGCGACCCACAGCACCGGCGGAAGCUGCUCCAGGCGGCACGCUCCCUGCCCAAGGUGAAGGCUCUGGGUUAUGACGGGAACAGCCCCCCUAGCGUGCCCUCCUGGCUAGACUCCCUGGGGCUGCAGGACUAUGUCCAUUCCUUCCUGUCAAGUGGCUACAGCUCCAUCGACACCGUGAAGAACCUCUGGGAGCUGGAGCUCGUCAACGUCCUGAAGGUCCAGCUGCUCGGCCAUCGCAAGCGCAUCAUUGCCUCCCUCGCAGACAGGCCGUACGAGGAGCCGCCCCAGAAACCCCCCAGAUUCUCCCAGCUGAGGUGCCAAGAUUUGCUGUCCCAGACGUCAUCCCCGCUGAGUCAGAAUGAUUCCUGCACUGGGCGGUCGGCAGACCUGCUGCUGCCUCCAGGGGACACAGGCAGGAGGCGCCAUGACAGUCUCCAUGACCCUGCAGCACCCUCCCGAGCGGAGCGCUUCAGGAUCCAGGAGGAGCACCGUGAGGCCAAGCUGACCCUGCGGCCCCCGAGCCUGGCAGCCCCCUACGCCCCAGUGCAGAGUUGGCAACACCAGCCAGAGAAACUCAUCUUCGAGUCCUGUGGUUAUGAAGCCAAUUAUCUGGGCUCCAUGCUGAUCAAAGAUCUGCGAGGGACAGAAUCCACGCAAGAUGCCUGUGCCAAGAUGCGGAAAUCUACCGAGCACAUGAAGAAGAUCCCCACCAUCAUCCUGUCCAUCACAUACAAAGGUGUCAAGUUCAUCGAUGCCUCCAACAAGAACGUCAUCGCAGAGCACGAGAUCCGGAACAUUUCCUGUGCGGCCCAGGACCCGGAGGACCUCUGUACCUUUGCCUACAUCACCAAGGACCUGCAGACCAGCCACCACUAUUGCCAUGUGUUCAGCACUGUGGAUGUGAACCUGACCUACGAGAUCAUCCUGACGCUGGGGCAGGCCUUCGAAGUGGCCUAUCAGUUGGCCCUGCAGGCCCAGAAGUCCAGGGCAGUGGGCGCCUCUGCAGCUGAGAUGAUUGAAACAAAAUCUUCCAAACCGGUGCCUAAGCCUCGGGUCGGCGUGAGGAAAUCUGCACUGGAACCACCCGAUAUGGACCAAGAUGCCCAAUCCCAUGCCAGUGUCUCCUGGGUUGUGGACCCCAAACCAGACUCUAAGCGGAGCCUCAGCACCAAGUAUGAGACCACUAUCUUCUAAAACAACCCACUCCCUGUCUCCACUAGUCUCACUGUGCCUUUGCCAUCCGAUCUUUCUGCUGUCCUCAACUCUCUCCUUCCAGCUGCUGAUGCCAAGGCCCCACCUGCACUGGGACCUGCUCCUCUUGGGCGGGCGGCAGCGUAGACGCUGUACACUCGCAACUCUCGCACCUACCACCACCGAACACUGUGAAUUCUCCCCCUUGGGCUGAGGACAGCUUGAGGGGGUGAGUUGUCUUUGAGGUGGGCACCAAGAGGGCUCAGGGGUUCUGUUGCACCCCGGAAGCCUCCACGGGCAGGCACUGUGAACCCCGACGGGCAGGGCAGUCUCCAGCAGAAUCCCAACGGCACUGAUAGCUCCCUGGGGUUGGGCUGGGCUGUGUGGCUCCCUCCUCCUGUCUGCUGUACUGAGCCACAGCUGGGCACCGUUGCCAAGAGCUAGCUGACUGUUCUCACCUCUCCUGAAACAACCAACCACUGUGACCACCCAGUGCCAGAGUCCCCAGCACUCUGCUUACAGCCGGCCUGCAGCCCCACCCCACUGUCCUCCGCUGCUCUGAGGUGCUGGCCUCACUCUCAUGGCUAGGCCCUUGUGAGACCUUGAGCUCAGUGAUGUGGCUGGACCAGGGACAGACUGCUUUCUGUGAGGGCCCAAGAUAUGCACCCGGCCCUUGGGUCCGUGCUGACUGCCCCGCUUGGGGCUCUGGGUAUCUGAACACUCACAGGCUGGCUCACACAGCAGGUGUCUCAGUCCUGAUGGGCCUUCCCCUCCAAGGAGGGGGGUGGCACGUAUGUGGACAGCCCCUCUAUCUUCGCCAUGGAGUCUCAAGGCCUGGCAGCCUUGGGCCUGGCUCUGGAGUCUAGCUCAUUGAGGAGGAAGGCCUUCCGUAGAACCAACGAGGCGGCAGCCUGUGCCCUGCACACACGGCGCACCUUCUUCCCUCACAGAACAGAGCUGCUGGAGGACAGGGACCUGGACCAAGUGGCCUCCAUUGUCCUCUGGGAGCUUUCUGACAUUCUCCACGGUGGGGGAUCACAGAUAGCGCCGUCCAGUGCGCCCCUGACCGCCUCCCUCAGGCUCCUGACUCCUCCGAGAGGAGAGGCCGUCCCCUCGCAGCAGCUCAGCAGCUGGGAUGGUGGAGCUGAGUCUUUGAAGAGGCCCCCCGUUCUCCAGUGCGGGCAAAUCAGUUUGGAUGGCAGGAGACAGGAAGGAAGCGGUGCCCAUAGGCAGCUGGGCAUACAUAGCAGAGUCCACUAGGAAAGCCAGUCGGCCAGGGCAGUCAAAACCCAAGUCGAUAAACCGGGUAGGUCCUGCGCACCCACCCAUCCUUGUGCCUUCCUGAGCAGAGUCGCUGAGCCAGAGGCGGCGGGGGCUGCGGGCUGUGGGUGCUCAAAGCAGGCAUGGAGGGUGCCCAGGGGAGGCUGUGAGGGAUCUUCUGUCCUGCUCUGUUUCCUUUCCGUUUCCUCCACCGUCCGUAGGCCCCAUUGGUUAACCCUUUCCUCCCCCCAUUGUUUGCUUCUGCCAAGCUGAGCCACUGAGGAACCACACUGUGCUGCGGAAACAUAGACGUGGGGGCAUAGGCUCCCACUGCCACCACCGCCGUCGCCUCACCUGCAGCUUUGAAGACCCAGGCCUCACCUCCACCUGCAGGACCUCCUCUUGGCCACUUGGCCUGGGCCUGCCACCACCACGUCUUGCAGAACGAGCCCUGCCUUGGCUGUGGAGAAGCACUCCAGGCAGCUAGCAGAUGGGACUGGCAUUCCAGAGGGUCAAGAAGUGACUUGUUCAGAACACAUUGUUUUUAACAGAAAAAAAAUCUUUUUACAAAAUGAACUUUUAACACUUGGCUCAAACCUCUAGGUCAUACUGCCAAUCUUUAGACAAAUGGCCACGGGGCAGAGGACAGGGGAGCUGAGGUUGGUUCAGAGGCCAGCCUGCACAGCCUCUGUCCUCAGGAUGGGACCUGGGUAUAGCUCAGUGGGUCUGAAGAGGAGGCGGUGGCCUGUGGGUGAGGGGAACGGAGCAGGCUCGGGCAGAAUUGAGUACGGUGCGUCUGCUUUUCAAACCCGACCAUAUCAGCUGCUGCUCUUUAUGAACUGCCCAACUUCCUGUCCCCUUCAGGGGCUGGACACAGGCUUCUCGUAAGAACACAGCCUUAGAGGCACCUGAGCAACUCAAACGUUUCCGGUCCAUUUCCGGGGUUCCCAAUGGGAAGGUUCAGUGGCCAAAUGAAGAUAAAGUGUGCAGUUUCUAGUGCUGGGAAGUCAGCCAGCACCAGAGUGCCAGGCCUCUCCCUGGCCUCUUACCUGUCAGUGACCGGAGCACUGCCCUGGGCUGGCUAGCGCCGUACUGCCUGCGUUGUGUCAGAGAACAGGAAAAGCAGCUUUGUUUGGGGCAUUAAUGUUUGGAGUAGGUCAGCUAAGGUUGCUACUUGCCAAUUUGUGAUUUGUCUAAUCAGCCUGUGUGAUUGGGGCUCAUUUUGAUUCGCUGAAUUAUGUUUGACGGUUACACUCUCGGCUGCUGGGCCCAUCCCUGGCCCCCGGUGUGGAAAAAGCUAAAUAAGGUGACAGUGCAUUGAGGCUCCCCCGCGUGGCCUUUGGGGCAGGCUGGCGUCCCGGUGCGCCUCUGCUUCUUAAGCUUUCCUGCUGCUCGCUUUGCUUUUAAAAGUAACUUGGGUUGCAUUCUUCCCUCUGGACUAGAGUAGAAAUGCAGGGGAAACUGCUGUGGAUUUGAGAGGCAAAGCUGGCUCAGCUGUGUGCCCAGUUCCUCCUGUGGGCACUUUAGCAGGCUCCAAGCUUUCCUGGCAUAGGUCAGUCAGGUCCCAGGAUGAAUAGUCCAGGCUUCAGCAACACUCCUGUUUCCCCAGCAAAGGCUGUGAAUUUAAAUUCUUUGUUGGUGUGUAUGUGCAGGGAGUACAUUCUUAACCCAUGUGGUUGGCCAAAAAUCAGAAGUGGGGCUGUCUCUGGCUGGCUAGAGGCCAGGCCUUGUGGGUUUCUAUCUAUCUGCUAAGCGCCCGGCAGGUUGGGUCCUGGGACUCAGCUCUCUCUGCGGCAGAGGCAGGCCCUCCUCCACUUCGCGGUACUAAACGAAGACCUCGACACCUUGCAGUUUUACUUCAUUUCCUGCUCCUUUCAGGGCCUGUGAGGAUUCCCAUGAGCUAAUGCUAUACAGUACUCAGCCCCGACUUUCUUCUAAGAGUUGACCAGGAACCCUAAAGCAUCCAGAGUAGACUGUGCUGCUGCUGCGUGCAUGCUGGUGCCCGUCUUCCUCCUGAGGGGCCAGGCCACAUCUAAAUGGGCCUCUGUUGGGGGGCGGUAGGUCCGAAAGAAACUGCAGACACUACGAUACACUCCUCAAGCUGUCGUUUGUGCUUAGAUCAUCCAUAGGUGUUUCUUCUGCUUGAAGCUGCUAUAUCAUCUUUAUUUAUUCAGGGUAUUUUCAUACUGGAAGCCUUGGCUAGUCUGCUCUGGCUCUGGGUUCUGUUUAGAGAUUGGUUUAUUUCUGAAUAUUCAAGAAAGGAAAAUGACUGGGCCUUUCUUUCUUCCUUUCUUUUCUUCUCCUCUGGGGCAGGUAGUCUCCCUUUCCUAGAAAGGUUAUUGUAACUUUAAGGACAGGCUUCAAGUGGGAAGGCCCCUACUUUUGCACUUCUCCAAGUGCAGGUCACACCAGGGGCAGACCCUGUCGCUGCGUUUCUGAACUGUGAAGGAGCCCAUUCAGGUGGGAGACUUCAGAUGGGCUUAGUACCUGUCCCAGCCACAGGCUUCUUGUCCACCUCUUCUCCCCUGCCCACCAGCUGCUCAGCACAUAAGACCUUCCCGACAGGCUCUGCGUGUGCAGUGCUCUGCAUCCCUCCUGAGCCCUCCAGCGUCAGACACUAAUGGGAGUUCCCGAGACGCUCGGGUUUGAGCAGGCAGCAGGCAGAGCUGCAGUCAGAGACAUCAGAAAACCAGUCUGAACGGGGUCUGUCUUUGAGAUGCCCAGGCCAGCAGAAAGCAGCUCACAAGUAUUGUUGCUCAUGGUGUGGCAACAGACUGAACUGUAAUAAAAAUGUUAUUUAAUCUUUGUCUCUGUAUUUUGAUACUUGAAUGACUUCCCCUUUUGUUUUACUGUACAUAAAAUUGUUAAUCUGUCUGAUUUUGUCUGAAUUAUAAACAUUUUGAGGUACCAAACAUAACCAAUCUGUGCAACAACAUAGACUGACCUCACUACCCAAGAGAGUGUAAAUAUUCCUGGGCUUCCAGCUUUGGUUUUGUUAUUUUCAUAACUGUACAACUUAGAACAGACUGAAUUAAUAAAUGAGAAGCGACAUGAACGCAGCCUUAA